AUGGAUGCCCAUCUGGCUGACAACGAGAAGCACAUCACAAAUGCUCUACCGUCAGACCCUGUCGCAAACUCGAUCAACAACCCUAGAAGCGACGAUGAAGAACAGCAAAGCAAAGCCCAGCUCCAACUAGAACGAAAGCUGCGUCUCAAAGUCGACUUGCGCUUAUGCUCCAUCGCCGGGCUCCUAUGCAGUCUCAACCUCCUCGACUCGGGCAUCAUCUCCUCGGCCUCCGUGACGAGCAUGAUCACCGACCUAGGCCUCGAAGGAAACCGCUACUCCGUCUCCAUAUUCAUCUUCACAGUCGCCAGCGUGGUCUUCCAACUCCCCUCGACCAUCGCUGUGCGCUUCGUGGGCCCGCGCCUGUGGUUCGCCCUUAUCACCUUCUGCUUCGGCCUGAUCACGCUGUGCUCCGCCUUCGUGCAAACAUGGCGCCAAAUGAUCGCCCUGCGCGUGCUCCUCGGUAUCUCCAUGUCCGGCAUCUACCCGGGCCUCACCUACCUCAUCAGCACCUGGUACACGCGCCAGGAGCAGCAAUUGCGCUUCGCCUUCAUGCAAUCCGGAGAAGUACUCGUGCUCGCCACUGGCAACAUCGUCAACUACGGCCUCAACCACCUCGACGGCCGCGCCGGCCUCGCUGGCUGGCGCUGGAUGUACAUCGUCCAGGGGCUAAUCACCUGCCUGCUCGGCAUCAUUACGUACUGGUGGAUGAUCGACUUCCCCGAAAAGGCCGCCAAAAACUCCUUCUUCUUCCUCUCUGAAUCUGAAACCCAGCUCGCCCUAGAACGCAUCCGAGCGGAUAGAGGCGAUGCCAUCCCCGACCCAUUUUCAUGGAAGAAGAUAUUCGUGAAUUUCCUUGAUCCGAAAUUAUACGGCUUCUCGGUUCUCUUCUUCCUUUUGAAUCUCGUCUCGACGUCCAUGUCGUACUUCCUUCCCAUCAUUCUGCAAGCUGGAAUGGGCUUUUCGGAAAACGCUAGCAUCGUGCUGUCUGCGCCUCCGUACUACUGGGCCGUCAUCCCUGUGCUAUUCACAUCGCUAAUCGGCGACAAAUUCCGCCUCCGCGCCCCACUAAUCACCUUCAACGCCCUGGUCCUCAUCGCGGGGUUUCUAAUGUUCGGCCUGCAAUCCUCCACGCAGGUAACAGUGCGGUACAUAGGCACGUAUCUGGCCACAGGCGCGUACGUGUCGAACUGGGCGGCGCUAAAUGCGUACCAAGCGAACAAUAUCGUAGGCCAAUGGAAACGCGCGACCAUUGCUGCCGCUGUCACGGCGUGUAAUGGGCUUGGUGGGAUUGCCGGGAGUUUUAUUGUGAGGCAGCAGGAAGCCCCCUGGUAUCCAACGGCGGUGUGGGUAUCGAUUGGUUCGCAUGUGUUGAUGGUGCUGAUUGUGCUGGCGUUUACGGGCCACUUUUGGUUGGCGAAUCGGUUGCAGAAGGCGGGGAAGUUGAUUCUUGAGGGGCAGUUGGGAUUUAGAUAUACAUAUUGA